AUGAAGUUAUUCAGAUUUCUCCUGGCAGGGCUACUUUUUGCUGCCCCUAUUGUUUGUGAGGAAUAUCAUUGCACGAAAGACACAAAAUGUGAGAGUGGUUGUUGUAGACUGGAACCCGAUGGAACGGGAAACUGUGGGCUUGGACCUACAUUCUGUGGUCAGGGCAACUGCACGUCAACAUGCGACGAAAAAUCUGAAUGUGAUCCGGGCUGGGGCUCAAAGUGGUCUACAGCUGAAAAAUGCCCUCUCAACGUCUGCUGCAGCGAGUAUGGCUUCUGUGGCACUACCCCCGAUUUCUGUCAGGGCAACGUCCCAACUUCUCCUUCAUGCAGCGGUUCUAGCUCCGACGCCCGCACGAUUGGAUACUAUGAAGGUUGGAAUUUGGAAAGAAACUGCCAAACCAUGACCCCCGAAAAAAUACCUCUGGGAUACUAUACGCAUAUCAAUUUUGCAUUCGUGUUAAUAGAUCCGGAUACCUUCACUCUCAGUGCUAUGGGGGCUGAUGUCGCAGCACUUUAUACAAGAGUAACAGCUCUCAAAGCUUUGCAGCCCGGGCUUAAAGUCUGGAUUUCGAUUGGAGGAUGGGCCAUGAAUGAUCCAGGGCCAUCACGCACUACGUUUUCGGACCUUGCAGCAUCAAAAGAUGCACAAGAAAAUUUCUUCAAUUCUCUAGUCACCUUCAUGAGAGCCAAUAAUUUUGAUGGUGUUGACAUCGACUGGCAAAACCUCCGGCACGCAUUGGAUCAGAGUGGCAUGCCAGAACGUCCUGGGCUAUCGAUUACGAUUCCAUCUUCAUACUGGUAUAUGCGCGGCUUCGAUAUUGUCGAAAUCGAUCCUAUUAUCGACUUUUUUAACAUCAUGACUUACGAUAUCCACGGAACUUGGGACUCUGCGGACAAUUCGAUUGGAGCUAUUGCGCAGGCGCAUACAAAUCUAACAGAAAUUGAUCUCGCCAUGCAACUACUCUGGAGGAACCAUAUUGAUCCCGCAAGAGUGGUUCUUGGACUUGGAUUCUAUGGCCGUAGUUUCACAAUGAAAAGCUCAUCCUGUCUUUCGGCUGGCUGCCCGUUUAAGGAGGGUGGAAAAGCAGGGCCAUGCACCAACACGAAAGGAAUUCUUUCAGCUACUGAGAUCAGACAGGUAGUGGCUGAUGGCGCAACGGUCACACUUGAUUCAGCUGCAGCUGUUAAGAUCAUCACUUGGGAUGACGACCAAUGGGUUUCCUAUGAUGAUGGUGAAACCAUGAAGACGAAAAUCCAAUACGCCAACAGUCAUUGCCUUGGAGGGACAAUGGCGUGGGCUAUAGAUUUGGACGAUGGAACUACGAUAGAGGAACUUGGAGCAGAUCUUAACCGUCCCAAAUUUCCGACGUUUGAUCCGGAUCUUUUUGAUCCGAAUUCGGAUAACAAUACGGAUUUGGGAACUUGA